GGAUGACGCCAUCAAACUGUAUUUAUCAGCGUGGCACGCGGCUGUAUCCGUGAGUUGUCGCACCAAGAGACUUCAUGUCCUUAUUAGUAGACGAGGAGGCCCUUUCACGUACUGAUAGCUGAGCAUCGUUAGCUUCUGGAUUCCUCACCUUCAACCGGACGCGAGACUCGACAGAACCCUCUCUCCUAGGCCUCCCUAGCACUGAGCAGAACGGAAACCGGAAAAGAUGGCCCAAGACAAGAUCAUCCUCUAUACGAACCACAUUUGCCCAUGGGCACACCGGGCGCAUAUCGCCCUGGCUGAGCUCAACCUCCCGUUUGAGGAGGUGAUCAUCGACCUGGACACGCCGCGGAGCCCCGAGUACCUCAAGAUCAACCCGCGCGGGCUGGUCCCUGCACUGUCUUACAACGGUGAAAUCAUCACCGAGUCGGCCAUUGUCGCGCAGUUCCUCGCCGAUGCGCACCCGUCGCACCUGGUUCCUGCGUCCAACGCACCGGGCGGCGCGCUCCGACGUGCGCGGAUUGCCUUCUUUGUCGAUACCUACGUGACCAAGGUCAACAGCACCUUGUACAGCAUCUUUGGCGCGUUAAACGACGAGGAGAAGAGAAAGGAGAUCGCUCAGAAGGUCUUGACGGCCAUCGCGACGGAGAUCGAGCCGCUGCUUGCUGAUGCGAGCCCGUUCUUUGGUGGGAGCGAGAAGCCCACGCUUGCUGAGGUGUUGACCGGGUCGAUGGUCAUCCGGCUCCCCGCCUACUACAAGGCGGGACUCAUACCCAGCGCCGUAUACGCAUCUCUCCCCGAGAAGGCACCUAAUUUCGUCAAGUGGUCUGAGGCCGUCACGGCCCACCCCAGUGUGAAUUCGAUCUAUGAUGAGGACAAACUUCUUGCGAGGUUCAAGGCGAGGUUUGCGGCGGCCGCGGCGUCAACUUGAACUGUGAGAUGUGCGUGUCACGGAGCGAAGUUCGGUGCUGCAAAUGAGCGCCGAAACAACUACUUCUGAGGACAGUUAAAGCAGUAGAAUCUCAAUUCGACUGUCGAAUGGUAACAGCGCUCGACGUGCGGCAGCCUAUAGGACGUUAGUUGACUAUACCGUAGCACCUGAAUGAAAUGCUUGUCAC